AUGAUCCUUCACGCUUAUGACUACAUCUUUGCACUUGGUGUUAUGUUUGCAUUCUUUGAUGCUUGGAAUAUAGGCGCAAAUGAUGUCGCCAAUUCCUUUGCCACGUCUGUCUCGUCGCGUUCUCUUACCAUGAGGCAAGCCAUCGCGAUCGCAACGGUUAUGGAGCUUGCUGGCGCGAUCGGAGCUGGUGCUCGAGUAGCAGAAACAAUCCGCACGAAGAUCAUUGACCCCAACCUAUUCAAACAGGAUCCCGCAGUCCUGAUGCUGGGAAUGGUGUGCGCACUCGUUGGUUCGUCGAGUUACGUCUUCAUGGCAACAAAGUUGGGUCUUCCUGUCUCGACGACGCAUUCAAUCAUGGGCGGCGUGAUCGGCAUGGGCUUCGCAACUGUUGGGGCAUCCGAGAUUAAUUGGGGAUGGAAUGGUGUCGCCACUGUCUUUACCGCAUGGGGAACAGCCCCAGGAAUUGCAGCUGUAUUUGGAGCGACCGUAUUCCUCAUCACCAAGUACGGGGUUAUGCUUCGCAAGAAUCCGGUUCGGAACGCAUUCUUCUCCAUCCCUGCUUACUUUGUCGUUACAGGUUCUCUUAUCGCAAUGUUGAUCAUUUGGAAGGGCGCUUCAUCUCGCCUCAACUCAUUGUCUGACGGCGAAAUAAUCGGCUGCAUUAUUGGCACGGGCUUUGGAGUUGGCUUGUUGGUCAUCAUCUUCUUCCUGCCUUACCUUUGGGUCAAAGUUGUCCGCGAUGACUGGCAAAUAAACUGGCACUACAUCCCCUUGGGGCCUUUUUUGCUUAGGCGUUCUAAAGACAUUCCACCAAAGCCCGACAACGUUUCUAGCAUCCAGAAUUACUAUCGGGGUCAUCUCACACGUCAAGAGCUGGACUGUCGGAAUCAUCAACAGGACGUCGAAGCCAAUACCAACCAGGGACACGAGAAUGCAAAAGAGCACAAAGGCUCUCCUCAACCCCUAGAGAGCCCCAGCUAUACCAUUGUUGGCCCUAAGCCUGACGGCAAGUGGUAUACUCAUUCUGUCCUGUGGUGGGCCCUCAAAAAGGCUUUCUGGCACGGAAUUGACCAAGAUGUCAUUGACGCUCAGAAGAAGCGCAACAUUCUUUCAGGAGAUGUCGAAGAAAUGCAUGCCCGUGCUGCCCACUACGACAAUAAAGCGGAGUAUAUGUAUUCGUUUCUGCAAGUCAUGACUGCGUCUGCCGCAUCUUUUACCCAUGGCGCGAAUGAUGUCUCCAAUGCCGUGGGACCUUUUGCCACGAUUUUCUACAUCUGGCAAAACGGCAAUAUCGACAAGUCCAGCCCAGUACCAACGUGGAUAUUGGCGUUCGGCGGCAUGAGUAUCGUGCUCGGUCUUUAUAUGUAUGGGUACAACAUCAUGAGGAAUCUCGGCAAUCGGAUUACCUUACAUUCACCAUCUCGAGGCUUCUCCAUGGAGUUGGGGGCAGCUAUCACCGUCAUCAUUGCGACGAGACUCAAAAUCCCAAUCUCAACUACUCAAUGUAUAUCUGGAGCUACUGUCGCCGUCGGCCUAUGCAACGGCAACUGGAGGUCGGUGAAUUGGAGAAUGGUUGCGUGGAUCUACGCGGGAUGGAUCUUCACCCUACCAAUCACAGGGUUGAUCUCUGGUUGUUUGAUGGCUAUUAUUAUUAACGCACCCCAAUACGGACAUUCGGUUCACGCUUAA